AUGGAGCGAUGGACGAGCGCAGACAUCGUCGCGCUGAGCGGAAAUCCCACUGGGUGGCCGCUACCCACCUGGGUGCAGAAAGAGAUCGACAUCUACCCCUGCCGCCCAGGGGAGGCCGUGGUGUUGGACACCGCUGGAAAUGCCUCCACUUGCAAGCAGUGUCCAGUUGGGCAAUACCGCACACCGCGAUCAGUGGAAUGUGAAGACUGCCAUCCCGGGACAUACGGGAGCCAGCCUGGUAUGAGCCGAUGCAACGUGUGCCCGUCCGGCGCCGAGUGUCCUGGAAAUGCAGAGAUCUUUGCACAACCAGGCUUCUACUGCCUGCCGUCGGCGUCGCAGUCGGGCAGCUUUGCGGAGUGCGCUCGAGAGCUUUGCCUGGGCGGCAACCAGUGCAAGGAGAACCAUCAGGGGAUUUUGUGCCGCAGCUGCGAGCCCGGCUACUCCUUGCCGCUCUGGGGCCUUGAACGCGACUUCUGUUCAAAGUGUCCUAGCGAUCGCGUGGCAUUGGGAGGAAUGGCCUUGACCAUCUCGCUGUAUGUGUUCUACAUUUGGCUCAUCGUCAAGGGCACGCUCUCGGCCUCGCAGUCGGUGAAGGCCAUUCAUUCCGUGAUUCUCAAGAUUGGUGUCAACUACUUGCAGUUUGCGGGCACUGCUUUCGAGGCGACAGAGUUCAAGGAGAUGAUGCUGACCAUUUACGGGCCGAGUGUUUCGUGGUUGACGCCAUUUGUUGCCCUGCCUCAGCGCUUGCAGUAUCCCUUCACCGCCUUGAUGAGUCGCGAACCCAAGCCGGAGGCCUUUCCAGUGGGCAGUCAAGGCCUGGACUGCUUCUUCCCCGCCGGCAGCAGCAUUCGACCCUACCAGGCCGGACUGCUGCGGCGUGCUGCUUCCCUGGCUGCGGCGGAGAUGGGCCCUUUGGACUGCAACGGGAGCCACAGCUGCGCAACUUGCAACUUGGGAGCCGAGGAACGUCGCAAGGCGCCGCCAGAGGGCGCUCAGAAGCUGCGUCCAGCCUUCCUCGCCCUCUUCUGUGACGUCCAGAGUUAUUCGAGAGGCCUCGCCUGGUGUGUCACCUCAGCGAAGAUCGCCCGGUGUGUCGCCUCAGCGAAGAGGCGGUGGAGACUUUACUCCUAUGCGGUGAGCUUAGCGUUCGGCAGCCGCACCAAAGACUCUGUCCGAGAGCGGCAGGUCAGCGUACGGCUUAAGUUCACCCUGGCAUCAGCGGUACCGAACUGA